CUCUACUCUACCAGCAGUCUUCCCUCGCUUUCUUGAUCAAUCUUUCGUCGCCGCACCUAAAUUCUCUUAGUUGAGCCUCCUCUGCACCGUCUAUCGUUAAGCAUGAGGUGAAUCUGUUAACUGCUCCUCUUCACCCAUGGAGGCAUUCCCUCGAUUGGCCCGCACUGGCCUGCGUCCUCUUCGUCUCAACAACCUCCCUUACCACCGUUCCUCUAAGCAUCUGAAGCCCUUCCUCCAGCCUACGAGACCGCUAUCGAUCCUGCGACAGACUCGCUUCUCUUCCAGAAACCCUCGCCAUGUCGCCGGUCAGCUUUCCUUCCGUCAGGCGGGAGCUUCAGUUGGACCAAUUCGCUUCAUUUCCACCAAACAACUUCCAAACCACCAUGGCCCUUUCGCCCGAUUCAUGUAUCGAGUUUUUGCUUGGACGGGUAUCUUUAUCGUCUUUUCCGGCAGUUUGGUAUUAGCCUUCUUUGUGUAUGAUGCCUCGACCUACCAUGAAGCUCCCGACAAGAUGGGUGACAUCCCAGUGAACGAGAAAGCUCUGUUUCCAAGAAGAGGAGGGCCAAAGAAUCUGCCCAUAGCAGAGGUCUUGAUUGAUGACGAGGAUUGUGAUCCUAUGAGAGAACAGAAAGAGAAGCCCAAAUUGGUGAUACUGGGAACAGGAUGGGGCAGCGUUGCCAUGUUGAAAGAGCUCAACCCAGGGGAUUACCAUGUCACUGUGGUUUCGCCAACGAACUAUUUCCUCUUCACACCCAUGCUGCCCUCUGCAACUGUGGGAACUCUUGAGUUCCGGUCCUUGACCGAGCCGAUUCGCAGGAUAGUAAACCGAGUGAGAGGGCAUUUUCUAAGAGCCGAAGCUGUGGAUGUCGAAUUUACGGAAAAGCUGGUCGAAGUCAAGGCGAUCGAUGCUCGGGGAAAUGAACAGCACUUCUACCUGCCAUACGACAAAUUGAUCGUUGGCGUCGGUGCGACCACAAACCCGCACGGUGUCAAGGGCUUGGAGAAUUGCAACUUCCUGAAGUCAAUCGAAGACGCUCGUCUCAUCAAGCAAAAGGUCCUACGGAAUCUGGAAUUGGCAUGCCUACCCACUACAACUGACGAAGAGCGGCGAAGACUCCUCUCCUUUGUCGUUAGCGGUGGAGGUCCUACCGGUGUUGAAUUUGCCGCGGAGCUGUAUGACAUGCUCAACGAAGAUCUCUUGCGCUCUUUCCCACGCAUUCUGCGGAAUGAGAUCUCCGUACAUAUCAUCCAGUCCCGAGGCCACAUUCUUAACACCUACGACGAAGCUUUGUCUGUGUAUGCGGAAAAACGGUUCGAGCACGACCAGGUCGAAGUCUUGACGAAUGCACGUGUCAAAGAAGUCCAGCCUGACAAGAUCUUGUUCACGCAAACAGAAGACGGACAUGCGGUAGUCAAGGAACUUCCCAUGGGCUUCUGCUUAUGGUCGACCGGAGUCGCUCAGACGGAGCUGAGUAAGAAGAUCGCCGCAAAAUUGGGAGACUUCCAGACGAACAGGCAUGCACUCGAGACUGACACCCAUCUUCGAGUCCUUGGAGCCCCUCUCGGCGAUGUUUACGCCAUUGGAGAUUGCGCCACAGUCCAAAACAACAUCGCUGACCAUAUCACCACGUUCCUGCGUGGCGUGGCCUAUGAAAAAGGCAAAGACCCAGAUAAAGUGCAUCUGACUUUUCAAGAAUGGCGUAACGUGGCUCAGAAAAUCCGGAAGCGGUUCCCUCAGGCUACAGGCCACCUCAAACGUGUCGACCGCCUGUUCGAAGAAUACGACAAGGACAAAUCAGGCACGUUGGACUUUGGCGAAUUGCACGAGCUCAUGGUUCAGAUCGACAGCAAAUUGACUUCAUUGCCUGCAACAGCCCAGCGAGCUAACCAACAAGGUCAAUACCUCGGUCGGAAAUUCAAUAAGAUUGCCCAGGCAAUCCCAGGCUUCAGGGCGAAUGAAGUCGACUUUGGCGACCUCGACGAAGCCGUGUACAAGGCGUUCGAAUAUCAUCACCUUGGUAGUCUGGCUUAUAUUGGCAAUGCGGCGAUUUUCGACUUUAAUGGGUUAAAUUUCAGCGGUGGCUUAAUGGCCGUGUACCUCUGGCGGAGUAUCUAUUUCGCACAGAGCGUAAGUCUGAGGACGAGACUUCUUCUCGCGAUGGAUUGGACGAAGAGGGCGCUCUUUGGAAGAGAUUUGAUGAGCACAUAAGACAACUUGGAGCUGGAAGCUCGAUGGUGACAGGAUAGCCUCACACAAGCACGCAAUGAUCGAUUCUGUUUCAGGAAUCGGAUAGGAGAUGCUAUCUUUUAUGAACUUGGCCACGGCCGCUCGAGCCUGAGCAGGGCCGGUGGCAUUCUGGCAGUGGACGAGGAUCGUCGUCGCUCUGGGUAGAGAAGGUUAGCUAUUUGCUUCAAAUCCAUUAAAAAGAAGCCGCCCAAGACGAUAGGAAACAGAAAUAGAGAAGACAAUGACAAAGAAGCCUGCAGUGGGUAUAUAGAAUUUGUGGUCGGAUUUUUUUUUGUACAGAACGAGUACCCGACUUGAUGUCUGGUUUUCAGCGAAUUCAAAUAGCGGCUUGCUCAAUGAUAUUAUAUUGCUUUGGAUGCGCCUAGGAUGCUGAAUACGAA